AUGGCCGCUCGCACUGCCGCCCGCAAUAUCACCGAUAUUGUAGACUUUGGUACCAUGCCGUACGAGGUUGCAGUGAAUGUCCUGAGAGGUAUCAAGAAUCCAGCCCAAUUACGCGAGAUCGAAGAGAACUGCCCGCACAUUGCAGACUCUGAUGCCGAGCUCUGGAAAGCCUUCAUCGCCCGCGACAUUCCAAACUGGGAGGCGAAGAUGAUCUAUCCGCAAAAUCCACGCUCCUGGUGGAAGGUCUACCGGAAGCUGAUGCGGGAGGAGGAACUUAUUGAGGCUGCUCAGGAGGAAGCGCUUCGCAAGCAGCUUGCCAAAGAUACCAUCAAGAAAUCCGAGCAGUCCACCACCUAUGUACCUCAAGUUGUGUCAUUUGCUGCUACCGUCACCGACUCUCGAAUCCAUCCUCAAGCCCAUACACGUGCCGCUGACAGCGGUAGUCGGUGGUCGAAGAAGACCAAGUCGGGCGGGAGGAUUGUCAGCGCUAUCCUGCGUCAAACUGCGGAGGCGCACAAGACUAGACAGCCCUUCCAGCCAACUCACGCUGGCAGCAGUCUUGCAGCUGCAAAACGCCAGAUCUCGCACGCUCCUGCUGCUAUGAUACCUGGAGCACAGCGAGUACAGCCUAGGGCCUUGCUGCCUCAUCAAGAAGCUCUCUUGGAAGAGCAUCAUCGCCAUAGGUCGGACAUCUGCGCGCCAACCAGCAGAGUCAAGAAAUCCACGACUAUCUCUGAUGCCCUUGCGCAGAAGCGUGCGAUCAAUGAGAAGAAGUUGCGCGAACUCACAAACUCUAAGCCUGCCCCAGAUCCGAAAGUCGAGUUCAGACCGAAGUUUGAGCUGACGACAUCGAGAGUGGCGCAGCAGAACCACAGUAAGACGGAAGGAGGAACGAAAGCACGGGUGGAGACAGUGAAGACUUCUGUGACGCCCAAGGGAAAGUCAACCGAGGCGCGAUCGAUGCGUUCGCCUGCUCCUAUUGCGAAGUCUGCUAGCCCGCAGCCCACUCCUACGGCGCAGCAGCCAGCUCCAGUCAAGAGGAAGCGACCCGCCACAACCAACAUCUUCAUGACUAAAAAGCAGAAGAAAUGA